AAUGUGCCACCAAGAGCACAUCAACGAACCAGGAUCCGCUAUGUAUUGCCCAGGAGAUUAGACCGCAUCAAGCUCAGCCAGGAACACUAACUAAUAUAAAAACCACACGCAACAUCCACGCAUGCAAACCUGGCCUAUUUCAAUGUAUGGAUUGUAUGCAGAGGUCAAUGGCCAUUCAAAACCUCGCAGAUUAUGAUAAAGGGCCCAGCAAAGAUUAUGGUACAGGGCCUAGCAAAGAUUAUGGUACAGGGCCCAGCAAAGAUUGUCAGACCGAACCAUCAAAAGGUACAAAAGAAAGUUGUUCUUUAAAAAGGAAAUAUCCCUUUGAUGAGGCAGAUAGGAAUAAUGGCAAGUUUAGAAAAUUGAAUGGGGGAAGAGCGUUAGAGAUGCAAGAAAAACCCCGAAAGUGGACUAACAUGUACCAACAUGUCAUGAUUCAAGUUUUUAGCCAUUUGACGGGCAAGGACAAAUCCAGUGCCGCACUAACUUGUAAGUCAUGGUAUCAAGCCUUUCUACACCCAGGUCAUUGGACAUCAAUUGCUAUAAAUCUCAAGGAUCUUGAUUUUCAAUCAGUAUUAAAAGUAAAUGAAGCAAUAUCUUGUAAUUUGAAAAGUAUUUCCAUUGAUUGCUUUGUACUAGAAGGCAUAACACAGUGCAAUGGGUUUACUGCUUGUAGAAUUUUAAAAUCAAUUCUACAAAUAUGCUUACAAAAACAGCUAGAAAAUCUGAGACUAAUAGAAAUAACAAACCUAGGAACACUCUUGAAUACAAUGCCCAAUGAGAUGAUAAGAGACAUCACCAAAUUGAUCAAACGUUUGAUAGAAAAUCAGACAAAGUUAACUCAUCUAUAUCUAGACGAAGCCAGGGUCAAUACAACAACAGGAGAUGAGAUACUCCAAGCCAUCCAGGAAAAAGAUACUAUACGUUAUUUAAGCCUAAGUGGCUUAUUUAGAAAUGAAGAUGAAGAUAAUAAGAUCAAAUUAGCCAUACUUUCAUUGAAACUAAGACAUAUGAUAAAACUAAUCAUAUCCAGCGCAAUAAUAAGUGAUAGUGUCUUAAUGAACGUCAGUGGCAAUGAACUUGUUGUAAUUUUUGAGAUAUCACACAGCAAGCAGCCCAGUUCUGUAGGUUGGUCUCAUCUGAAAAUGUUAAACCCUGGGAUUCAGUUACAUGUUUUUAUACAACACUUGGAGAAAUAUAACAACUGAACAAGUGCACCGCAUAUUUCAAGACAAAAUACCAGCAGACUUAGUUGUUAUUCUUCUUUCAAUGAAGACAAAGGCAAUGGAUUCCCUUGAGCUUAUUACUAUGUCUCUAGGUAGCACAAUGACUAAAUUGACUCUAACGCUGAUGGGAACUCCUACGUGGACGAAAGACGUUUUCAGUCUAAUGGCAGGGUGUUCAAAGUUGCAAGCAAUAAAUCUCUUCGGUCCUGCAUCAAGUGAAGGAAUUCUUAUUGAUUUGGCCAAGGUUCAUUUCAACAGAGUUCCAUUUGUUACCGUGAACAGCAAACAAGUCAAGCAGAGAGGGUUGCUUUCAAGACUUCUCCUUCCAAGUUUUUUGCUUUAACUCCAUGGCGUUUUUGUCCCCCCGUGGAAUGUUUAAUGCAAAAGAGAGUAAUUUUUAACUUGUCAUGUCAGAGACAUUUCGAAAAACAAGACCAAUAAUACCAAGUUUUAUUUGAUGUAUCGUUAGUUUAGCUUUAGCUAACGUACGAGAGUGUAUGUAUUUCUGUUGAAAAUAUCUCUACAAGCAAAGCUUAAGUUAAAUUUUCAAAAGGCUCUUUAAGUACUUUGAUUUUUUAACAUUUUUAUCAUUAUUUUAACAAUAUUCAGUUGUGUAGAAAUAGGUAUUUUCUAAUUUUGAAAAUCUCAAUUGCAUAUAUUAUUCAUAAUUUUAUGCAGCAUUGUAUUAUUAUGCAUUUACUUAUUUGUUAUUCUAAGAUAUCUAACAAUUUUACAUGUGUAUUUAUUCAUUUGUUCUAUUUUACAUGUAAUAUAUGUAUAUGCAUUUUAUACCUUCAGUUUCACCUAUCCCUUAGUCUUAGGACAUCACACAUGAUUUGUUGACGGUUUCUCCCUUCCCCUCUGAUUUUUGCCUUGAAUAGAGUCUCUUUCAAUGACAAAUCCAUUCUUUAUGUUGUCUUCUCAUCACUAGCUGUGUUUGCUUCUUCUUCUUUUCACAAUUCCUCUGGUAGGAUCACAUAUUUAUAGAAACAAAUUUAUCUUGUAACUGGGUCACGAUUCUCGAAGACGGCUCUGAAAAUUUUCCUAGAAAUGUUGAAAGUUCGUGUUAAUCUUUGGGAAAAGAAUAACUAGCAAGUUGGCCAUACUAGGAACUUCUAAUUUUUCAAAGUAUCCUAUAAAAAAAUAAUUAAAUUUAGCUAGAGGACUAAAAAACAUAUUGAGAAGACUAUUGUUUUGAGUAUUUCAUCUUGAAAGCCAUAUUUAUUGAAGAGUUUAAAUAAUUUUACUAAUUUUCAGUUUUGUCUUUUAAGUCAGAUCUAGAGGUGUAUUACUAGAAUAUUUUAAAAUCAGUAGAUUAAUAUAUUCGCCUAACUUUGAUUUUUUUUUCGUGGUGGUGGAUAGGGGCGGGAUAAAAAAUGUGUAUUUGUAUUUUGAAAUCUAACAUUCAUUUAUUAUUUAUUAAGAGCAAAAUAAUCACUGCGUGAAAUUAGUGAUGCUAAAGCUGUUGUUUUUUUUUAAGUUUUUAUUUUUUAUUCCUGAUACUGUUCAUUAGUUAAAGGUCUUAUGACAUUGGCCUACAUGCAUAUAUUAUUGCUGUUUAUAUAAAUUAAUAUAUAAUAAAUAAUUUUUAAACAUAUUUCUUACAAAUUUAUUGUGUUUUUUUUUCAUAUAAGUAUUAUAUUAAAAAGUCCACUUUAUUCUGAGAACAUAGGUAACUCCAUCCCAGAUGUAUAGGA